UACGCAGUUGAUCGCAAGGCGCGCGCGGCUCUGAACGCCUGUUCGGUCGUAAACAAAGACCUUUGUCUCGCGGAAAUUAAAAAAAAAUCCGUGCGGGUUUUAUUGCGAAAGCGCGGGAAAAAUUUAGGUUGUCUGUGGACUAGUGUUGUUUUAGUGUUUUUUUUUUUGUGGCGUCAGGGGAGAUAAGAUUAGUAACCUCCCAAUUUUCUGGCGCCAUACCAGAAUAACUAACUCAGUGAUUCAGUGAUGUAUUCCAACAUGGCGGCUACAGUGACUGACGCGAGAACCGUCAAGUGAGUGACGCAAGAUGUCACCGGACAAACGCAAAAGGAGGAGAGAAGAUAGAAAAAAAAGGACUUGCCGUUAGUUUUUAAUAAAGUAUAAUAUAACAAUGAUCUCACAGUAUUUAUAGUGCUCAAGCUUAAGACUGAUAAACUUUUUAAUACGAUAACUUGCAAAAGAAACCAUGAUCGCGCUGAAAAAGCUAUACGGUGACGAGUUGCUUCGUCUGGCUCUAGUCUUGAGUCUUCUCAAAGUGGAUCCCAACGACUACUUAGAAUCGGAGACUCAGCAGCUCUUAGCUGGGCUCCACAUCUCCAAUGGAUCCGACUGGGGAGACCAGGAAGCGAGAACUCUCAUCAGACCAAGAUUCGUCCACCCGAAAUCUCUAGACAACAUACUGAUCAACUACGAAAGACAACUGUUCGAGGAACUGAACUCGCUAGGUCGGUACGGGAGUUCGUUCAGCGAAAACAAUAUCCAGUGGAAUAAUCGAGGGCCUGUUUUGCAUACAUACUUAGUGAAUAAUGUGGCGACCGACACAGUAGUACCCGAGCUCGCGGCGGCGAACGACACGAGCGACGGCGUGUCCGCCGACGACAAUGUCGCACAAGAGGUCAAAGUUGAAGACGUAGAGAGGGAAACAUCUGACGUCGUCGUCACACUCUCAGCUGACUACUUUAACAACAGAACAGAAGAAGACACGAAACCUGAUGUUUCUGAUGAAGAAGACACAAAAGCUGAUGUCUUUGAAGCUUUCGAUGAAACGCCUAGCAGGAGAGCGGAAGCGGACAUAUUUGAGGAAAUAGCGACACGCACUUUUGAUGUCAACGACUUUUUCCAAUCUGAUGAGAUGCAGAUCAAAAAGGAACCCGAGGAAGAGGUGUUGGAGGUCAGAGUUAAGAAGGAACAAGAAGAUUUGUAUGAUGAUAAUGCUAUGGAUGAAUUCGUUCCUUACUUCACAGCUAAAGCAGAGAAAUUCCAAUAUGGAGAACCUAACUCUGUCUUUGACCAAAACCUUGCUGAUCUUCAAGACUAUGGCGACAUUUUCGAAGACGUAAAAGAACUGAGAAACUUGGAAUAUCUAGACGUAAAACAGCAACAGGAUAACCUAGAACAGUAUCUCAUGGAAAACACGCCUUUAGAUUCCGAAGUGUAUCAGCCGAUGUUUGACGACGACGAGCUAGUGUUGAACGUGAAGAGGGAGCGAGCCAGCACGAGCUUCACGUCGGCUAGUUCCAGUGGUGUGAGUGAGAUGGAUGUAGCGUCGCCGCCGCCGAACGUGAAGCUGGAGCCUGAUGAGGGGCAUCACAGUGGAGACGAGCUCACGCAAGAGGACAUGGAUCUCAUCGAAGUGCUGUGGAAGCAGGACGUCGAUAUGGGCUUCUCGCUCGAGGAUCCCAUACAGCCGUCGGCUCCUCACGCCACCAAGGUGGAGCUGGGAGACCAGAUCGACAAGGAACUGAAAAUGGCAGAAGAGAAGAUCCAGCAGAAGAAAGAGGAAAGCGCGAUCGAGAAGGUGAAGGCUUCGCUGCUCAACCCGGAUGAUAAGGAGGAUGACCCCUGGGCCGGCCUCUCCUACACCGUGGACACCGAGACCGGUGAAUACCUUAUCCAAGGUGAACUGCCUCGUGAACUGGUCAGCGGGGAGUCGCUGGAACUCUUGGAGGAGGCGCUCCAGUUGGUAGAACUAGGAGACGAAGCUAAAGAUGAUCAGCCACAGGCGGUAGAGGGCAGCAGUAGCGACGGCGCCAUGCUGCACCCGGCGAUGCGGCAUGUGCCGCACCACCUCGCACACUACCAACACCAGUCGCUGAUGCGGACCAUGUCGGUGGAGCAGCGGUGGCAGGACCUGGCAUCGCUGCUGACCAUACCCCCGCCGCCCGAGCAGUACCAGCACUACCAACACCACAACAUCAGCGCGCAUGCUCAUGCGCACGGCGCAGGUGGCUAUGCGCAUAACUACCACGCGCCCAUCGCGCCCAUCCCCGACAAGCAUCCUGACGCUUAUGGCGCGGCAGCCACGCCGCUCGAGGGCGCCUACAAGGCGGAAACACAUCAUCCACAGCAUGACAACAUCUACUACCAGAAUGGAACUGGUGAGAUGCCGCCCCCUCCCGCGUCGGAUGGCUUCCUGCAGUCCAUCCUCAACGACGAGGACCUGCAGCUCAUGGACAUGGCGAUGAACGAAGGCAUGUACACGAUGCGGAUGCUGGACGGGGCCGCGGGCGGCCACCACGCGCCCCACAACCACUCCCACAUGAUGAUUGCCGAGCGAGACUCGGCGUCCGAUAGCGCCGUCUCAUCGAUGGGCUCGGAGCGCGUGCCAUCUCUUUCUGACGGGGAGUGGUGCGAUGGUAGCGAUUCUGCGCAGGAGUUCCACAGCUCAAAGUUCCGGCCUUAUGAUGGCUCGUACGGACGCGAGCGCUCGCACCAACCGCAGAAGAAACACCACAUGUUCGGCAAACGCUGCUUCCAGGAACAAAACCAACCAGCGCCAUCUAUGGAAAACCUUACCCCGCGGCCGGCGGUCGUCAAGUACGAAUGCCCGGAACAGACGUACACGCAUGAAAACAUGCAUAUGCAUAAUGUGGAGUUCGGCGCGCGGCAGCUGGCGCACGCGCACGCGCACGCGCCGCCGCACGCCGCGCCCGCGCCCGCGCCCGCGCCGAGCGUGGCGCCCGCCCUCGACCUCAACAGCGCGCACUCCAGCCACGCCUUGCUACAGAACGGCCUCGCGUCGGGCCCCGCACGGUACGCGUACGCGACGCCCGAGCGCGUGCGCCACAACCACACCUACUCCGCGCCCGGCCUCGCGCCCGAGCGGCCCGCGCUCCGCGACAAGCGAGUGCGGCGGCUGACGGACGGCAGCGUGUCGGACGGCGGCUCCAGCGCGGCCGGCCACCUGUCGCGCGACGAGAAGCGCGCCAAGGCGCUCGGCAUCCCCAUGGAGGUGCACGACAUCAUCAACCUGCCGAUGGACGAGUUCAACGAGCGCUUGUCGAAGCACGAUUUAAGCGAAGCGCAGCUGUCGCUCAUACGCGACAUCCGGCGGAGAGGCAAGAAUAAGGUCGCAGCCCAAAACUGCCGUAAGCGCAAACUGGACCAGAUCACUUCCCUCGCCGACGAGGUGCGCACGGUGCGCGACCGCAAGGUGCGCACGCAGCGCGACCACCACGCGCUCACGGCCGAGAGGCAGCGCGUCAAGGAACGCUUCGCGGCGCUCUACAGACACGUGUUCCAAAACCUGCGCGACGCGGAGGGCCGGCCGCUGUCGUCGGCGCAGUACUCGCUGCAGCAGGCCGCCGACGGGAACGUCGUGCUCGUGCCCAAGAUGCAGCACGAUCACCCCAUGAACCGCUCCUCGGACGACGACAUGGAGCGCAAGAAACACUACGAGUGACAGUCGAGCUGGCAGCAGACAGACAGACGGACAGACGCCGACGCGCGCUACAGCCACGCGUACGCGUUCAUUAUGAGUUAACAGCGUUUGUACUUUUCGCGUUCAAUGAUAACACAUUCCAAAAUGUAAAAAAUUACGUAUUUCGGAUUGUGUUACCAUUAUACCUAUUCAAUUUUGAUCGUGUCAUACACGAUGACGCGCAGAUUUGUCAAAUCUAACCUUUAUUUACAUAACGAUACAAGUUGAGGCACACGUCUUCGUGAAUGACACGGUCUAUACGACAUAUUUAAGAUAAAUAUUGCUGCAAGGGAUUAUUUUGAAAUAUUUUUAAUUACAAACUGAAAUUGUAGGUAUAAUAGAUAUAAGACGCGUUGUACUCGUAUUUGAACCAGCAAACAACAAUAUACAAACAUUAAUUGUGUCUGUCUAAUGUCGCGUGUGAUUCUGUUAUUUUAGUCGAAAAAGAAAUAUAGGAGAAAUACGAAAUAUUGAGAUCAAAGAACCGUUAAUAUAAAACCGUUUCACUUUUACUCAAUAUAUCGUUUUUCUUUCCUACUUUGGAAAAACUGUCUAAUGUAAAGUUUCAUUUUAUACCUGGAUCUGGAUAUAAACAAAUGUACUAACAUUUAAAAAUACAUUAAACAAAUCUUAUAUGAAGACUUAAAUAACGACCUUACUAUUUACAAAAAGGUGGAAUGUCAUGUUUGCAACAACUUACAGAAUUCCAAAAUGAAGAACGUAGUUAUCAAGGGAUUUACAAAAUAUUUAUGUAACCAUUUUGUCUCAUUUACACUUUUUUUAAUCACUUGAGAUAAGUGAAAAACUCCCUUGUUAACUUUUUUCUUCAACGAAUCAACUUAAGGUAACAAUGAUAAUGUCAGUUUGCCUCUUACUCUCAUCGUAUAUGUUAGAAUGAGAAAGUGAACUGACAUUAAUGACUUGAAAAAAUGUAUUCAACUAUAUUAGUUUUUUGUUAAUAAACCAGUGAUGUUGUGUUGAACAUGGAACAACAAUACAACACAGAUGAUUGAUGAAUGUUGUGUUUUUGUUGUGUUUCAUUCCGAUAGGUAUUUUAAGAAAGGUGAACAAUGUUUUAGAAAAUGACACAAUUCAACAUGUGUCGUUUAACAUUUGAGUUGUGUCUGGCACAUUCUGGCGGUUUUCGCAUUUGGCGGUCGAAAAAUUAUAGAAGGUAGAGGUAAGGAAUACAAUCUCCAUGUACCAAAAAGUGUCCGUCAAAAAACCUUAGAUACGUGGCGCUGGCGCUACUAUACCUACAAUAUUUGAAAAAUAAAAAAACAUAUCAUAGACAGCGCACUUCACUCCGUCAAUAACACCUAGGUUCUUAGCUACUCUAGCGCUACUCUGGAGAGAUUUGGAACUAUUAUUUAUAACUGACAGCUGGACACUUAUGCAACAGUUUUGCCUAUGGAGAUUGUAUUCCUUACCUCCACCUUACAUACGAAAAAUCUGAUUAAUGUAGACGAAAUAGUGACAUCUAUGUAUUGAUGUACAAUUUUGUUUCUGAUUAAAUAAAUGGCAUGUUUGUUUGUCCCGAUACUACCUAAACGAAUAAUAAACUUAUUUUUCACUACGUGUAAGGUUAACUUUGGAUAAGCAUCGCUAACCAACGCUUUUUAUUCACUGUAUAAAUGAAAAAAAAAAAUGUGAUAGAAAGAUUCCAUUUUUAUUUAGUUUCAAAUUAGAUCGCAGGUGUUUAGGUUCAAGCUGAUUGCCUAUUUUCUCGAGCUUGGCCUGUUUUUUUGCUUACCAUAAACGACUGAUAAAAUAAUAAAAAAAUAGAAAUAAAAAUCAUGGUGUCGCUGACGCCGGCGUGUUGCAAUAAGUAAAAUACAAUAGUUUAUAACACUUUUUGUAAUAUAUUUUCUUUAUAAGUUGUUUAUUUAUGUAUAAAAUAAUUAAAUAAAUAAUAAAAAAAUAGUAAGUAUCUGAUUGUUUUUGUGAAAGGUUUCGUUUAAACCCGUUUUGGAAGAAAGUACAAAAUUAAAGGCAUAUAUGUGUGUACAUAUGAGUUUAUAUGAAUAUUGCAUUGCAAAGUGCCCCUUUACCAUGGCUUAUGUUCAUAGGUUCUUAAAAUAUAGAAUAGACUAUGAUCUUAGGAGCUAUUACUCGAGUAACGUGUGUACUCAGCUGUAACGGUAUUUUGAAAUUGAUCAUAUGUUUAUUUUUCGUGAUCUUUUGAAAUGUCGUCGCCGAUUGAAAACAUUUCAAAGACAGCAACAAAAAAAGCUUUAAAACAAAUUGUGCCUACCUCUAAUAAUAAGAGUUGGCUACUCAAAAA